AUGGAAGCUUCACCCGCUCUCUCGCGCAUCGGCCUCGCAGGCCUCGCCGUCAUGGGCCAAAACCUCGCCCUCAACAUCGCCGAGAAAGGCUUCCCCAUCUCCGUCUACAACCGCACCACCUCCAAGGUCGACGAGACCGUCGACCGGGCCCACAACGAGGGCAAUCUUCCUCUCUUCGGUCAGUACAAUCCUCGCGACUUCGUGCUCUCCAUCCAACGGCCCAGAUCCGUCAUCAUCCUCGUCAAGGCUGGUGCUCCGGUCGAUCAGACUAUCGCCGCGCUCUCCGCCCACAUGGAGCCCGGCGACGCCAUCAUCGACGGCGGCAACGAGUGGUACGAGAAUACGGAGCGUCGAAUUGCUGAGGCCACCGGCAGGGGACUUCUCUACCUCGGGAUGGGAGUCUCCGGCGGCGAGGAGGGGGCCCGCCACGGCCCCAGCCUAAUGCCCGGUGGGUCCCACCAGGCCUACACCAACGUCCAGGAUAUUCUCCACAAGGUUGCCGCCCAGGUCGAGGAUGGUCCCUGCGUGACCUACAUCGGAGAAGGGGGUUCUGGUAAUUUCGUGAAGAUGGUGCAUAAUGGGAUUGAGUACGGCGAUAUGCAGCUGAUUUCGGAGGCGUACGACGUGUUGAAGAACGUCGGGGGGUUGAGCAAUGAGGAAUUGGGUGAGAUUUUUGCAGAGUGGAACAAGGGAGAGCUGGAGAGCUUCUUGAUUGAGAUAACGGCUGAUAUUUUCAAGGUUAGGGAUGAUUUGGCAGAUGGGUUUUUGGUGGAUAAGCUUUUGGACAAGACUGGGAUGAAGGGGACUGGGAAGUGGACUGUGCAGCAGGCUGCUGAGCUGUCUGUAGCUGCGCCCACCAUUGCUGCUUCUUUGGACUGCAGAUACUUGAGUGGGUUGAAGGAGGAGAGGGAGAAGGCUGAGGAGGCUUUGAAGCAAGCUGGGUUUAAGGAAGAGAUUGGGAGUGUGACGAGUGGGAUUGAUAAGAAGAGGUUGAUUGAUGAUGUGAGGCAGGCUUUGUAUGCUUCUAAGAUUUGCAGUUAUGCUCAAGGGAUGAACUUGUUGAGGGCCAAGAGUGUGGAGAAGGGUUGGGGUUUGAAUUUGGGGGAGUUGGCUAGGAUUUGGAAAGGUGGGUGUAUUAUCAGAGCAGUGUUCUUGGAUCGGAUUAAGAAUGCUUAUCAGAGGAAUCAAAGCUUGCCCAACUUGAUUGUUGAUCCUGAUUUUGCUAAAGAAAUGGUGCAGAGGCAUGCUGCAUGGAGGAGAGUUGUUGGGUUGGCUGUAUCAGCCGGGAUUAGCACUCCCGGAAUGUGUGCCAGUUUGUCGUAUUUCGAUACCUAUCGGAGGGGUAGGCUUCCGGCCAAUCUUGUUCAGGCGCAGAGGGACUUGUUUGGAGCUCAUACUUAUGAGAGGGUUGAUCGCCCUGGAGCUUUUCAUACCGAGUGGACCAAGCUUGCUCAGAAGAGUGGUUCUAGUGUUGGUGCUCUCAAUUGA